AUGGACACUCAAGGGGCGAAGAAAAGACUCUGUGGGAGAUGGCAUGCAGUGUGCCGUUUUGCGCUGUUCACUUGUUUCCUGGAUACAGUCUGGGGACAGAUUCGUUACUCAAUCCCAGAGGAACUGGAGCAUGGAGCUUUUGUUGGCAAUAUUGCAGAGGACCUGGGCUUGGAUUUGGACAAGCUCUCUGCGCGCAGAUUCCGGAUAGUCUCAGGUGCCAAGAAGCAAUAUGUGGAGGUAAAUUUAGAAAAUGGAGUUCUGUUUGUCAACGAAAGAAUUGACCGUGAAGAACUAUGUGAGCAGAGUUUGUCUUGCUCUUUUCACUUGCAAGUGGUCAUAGAAAACCCUCUGGAGCUAUACAGGGUAGAAAUGGAAAUUUUGGACGUGAAUGAUAACUCUCCCAGUUUCCCGUGGACAGAAUUUAAUCUGGACAUAUCAGAGUCUGCUGCGCCAGGUUCCCGUUUCCCACUUGAGAGCGCACAGGAUUUGGACGUGGGGUCCAAUUCGCUCCGCACCUAUUUGCUGAGCGUAAAUGAGCAUUUCCUUUUAGAUAUACAGACGCGCAGUGAUGGUAGUAAAUUUGCAGAGCUAGUCCUACAAAGCCCGCUGGACAGAGAGCAGCAAAGUGCGCAUCAAAUGGUCCUAACAGCUGUGGAUGGAGGUGCGCCGGAGAGAUCUGGCACUGCGCAAAUUGAUAUUACCGUUUUAGAUGCAAAUGAUAACGCACCUGUGUUUGAUCAGUCGUUUUACAGAGUGAGGCUUGCUGAAAACGCACCAAAAGGCACAGUUGUCAUAAAACUCAAUGCGUCGGAUUUAGAUGAGGGACCCAAUGCUGAUAUCACUUAUUCAUUCAGUGGCCACGCUCCCAUCAAAGUGCGCCAGCUUUUCAGUGUAGACUCGCGCACAGGGGAAAUCAAAGUCAAAGGAGUCAUAGAUUAUGAAAAGGCCAGGAUGCAUGAGAUUUACGUCCAGGCUAAAGAUAAAGGUCCAUCCGCUGUAGCAGUUCACUGCAAAGUACUAGUGAACAUUUUGGAUAAAAACGACAACCUUCCAGAAGUGAUUUUGACAUCAGUGUCCACACCUGUGCAGGAGGACGCACCUCCGGGAACGGUGAUAGCUGUCAUCAGCGUAAUGGACAAAGACUCAGGGGAGAACGGGAACGUGGAUUGUGAGAUUCCCCAUCAAGUCCCAUUCCAGCUCCACUCAUCCUUUAAGAACUACUAUACAUUGGUAACUUGUGAUUUUUUGGACAGGGAGGCAGUGGCAGAGUACAACAUUACUCUCACAGCCCGAGAUAUGGGCUCCCCACCUUUAUUCACUAGGAAAACUAUUUUGGUUCAAGUGUCUGAUGUGAACGAUAACGCGCCUCACUUCAAACAGCCCUCCUAUACUGUAUAUUUAACCGAGAAUAACGCGCCAGGGGCAUCCAUUUGCUCGGUGACCGCACUGGAUCCCGAUUACGGUCAAAACGCAUACCUCUCCUAUUCUAUAUUGGAUGGUGACAUACAAGGAAUGUCAGUGUCCACAUAUGUGUCCAUCAACUCAGACAGCGGCAACCUUUACGCGCUGCGAUCCUUUGACCACGAACAGCUUAAAAACUUUCAGAUCAUAGUUAAAGCCCAAGACGCCGGUUUUCCGCCUCUGAGCAGCAACGUUUCAGUGACCAUCUUUAUUUUGGACCAAAACGACAAUGAACCCGUUAUUGUGUCACCAGUUCCACAAAAUGGCACGGUACCGACCGAAGCAGUGCCCAGAUCAGUUGACGCUGGUUAUCUUAUCACAAAAAUCAACGCUGUGGAUGCAGACGCAGGUCAAAACUCGCGUCUUUUUUAUCAAAUGCUCCAAGCAACAGACCCGAGCUUGUUUAGCAUUGCUCUGUACACGGGAGAAAUCAGGACAAUACGCCAGUUAGUGGAAAAAGACCCCAUAAGGCACAGACUGGUCAUUCUGGUGAAGGACAAUGGUCAGCCACCCCUUUCGGCCACAGUUUCCAUCAUCCUGUCAGUGGUUGACAGCCUGCCAGAUACACAGCCCGAUUUGGGUGACCUGUCACUAAGCCCACAUCACAACUCCAACUUCACCCUGUACUUAAUCGUGUCUCUGGGCGCAAUCUCCUUCACAUUUCUGGUGGCUAUAAUUGUCCUGGUUGCAGUGAGGAGAUUGAAGGGCAGACCGUCCAACAGCGAGUCCAACUUCCUCUCCAUUAGUGAGUGUUGCUGCUGCUGCUCACGCUCAGAAACAUCUACAGCCACAGAGGUUUUCAAAAAGACCAAUUUAAAUGUUCGGAUGUCCGGAGGCGCGUCCGGCUGCGCAGAGGCAAACAGCAGCACCCCACUUCCUCAGGUCUAUUGCUAUAAAAUGUGUCUGACACCGGAAUUAUCUAAAAGUGACUUCAUGUUCCUCAAGCCUUGCAGUCCGGUAAUGUCAGUUCAACAGAAUAAUGCCAAAAGCACAGACUACCUGACAUCUGGCUGGAGCGCACUGGACCGUAAUGAGCUGACCAACAACAGAGCUGCAACUCCAAACGAGCUGAAGUAUUCCAACAAGGACCUCACCUGGACUAAGAACCAACGCAACUCAGCAUACAAGAGGUAUAGUUCAGCAAAUAUGGAGGGUACACUUUCACGUCAACAGAAAUAUGAUGCUGAUGGGUUUUCCUGCUCAGUGGCACCACAGUACUGGACUUGGGGAAACCAUAUGAAAGACUGCAAGAUGUCUCUUCAAGAGGGAGUAGUACCUAACUACUCAUGGACUCCAAAGUACACUCAGCCUCAAUGUGAUCCACCAGACUACCAGCACAAUGUAUAUAUUCCUGGCACCACAUCUGGCUACAGCACUCUGAAGCUCACACCCAGAGGUGAACUGGAUGUGUAUAACACCUUUUCUACUUUUGGGAAGAAAAAGAAAUUCAUCUCAAGCUACGAACAGUCUUUUGACAAUGACGAUGGUCUCAUAAGCAAUGAUAUCUUUAAAUGA